AUGGUCCGCAUCAAGCACCGCUAUCUAUUAAUCAACACUUUCAACAAAUCUGGCGAUUCCGAAACUCAGCACACUCUCCCUUGGACUGUUCAAUUCCGCCGCCCGAGCGCGGAUUCUUUCAACGCUAAACUUCUAGCUAAAUUGAUCCGGGACGGUGUUGCAGAGUUGUUCGGCGAUUAUGGCGCUGGGAUGAUCGCCGCGAGUUUUCAAGUGAAAUACAUCUCCCCGACAACCUCCACCGCCAUAAUCCGCGUCUCGCGGUCCCACUACCGGCUGAUCUGGGCCGCCUUAUCGUUCAUUACGAAAAUCCCUCUCCCUUCACCUUCUUCCAACAACCAUAAUCAUCACAACAACAACAAGAAUUCAAACAACGAACAGCCUCGCGACCGUCCUUGCGUAGUCCAAGUCGUCCGCGUCUCGGGUACUAUCAAGAAAGCCGAGGAGGAAGCCAUCCGGCGAGCGAGAAUUGUUAUCGCGAGGGCGAGGAGGGUGGAGGAGAGGAGGCGAGGAGGUGCCGCGGUGGGAGAGGGAGGGUUUGUGGAGGAGGAUGGUGAGGUUGGUGGGAUUGAGGAUUUUGGGAUGGAUUUGGAUGAGGAUGAGGGUGAUGAAAGUGAAGAGUGA